AUGGCUGUGGAAGAUCAACUAAGCGUUAUAAUAGUCGGUUCGGGGCUCGCCGGCCUGACCGCGGCUCGUGUGCUGCGGGAGAAGUGCCAGGUUACUGUGUAUGAGCGAGGAAGCCUUUCGACCGCGACCGGAGGCCAGGGAAUCACAAACUUCCCAAAUGCCGUCAAGAUUAUAAACCAAUUAGGCUUUGAUCCGGAGCGAACCCGUUCUGUUCCCGUUGAGGGAUUCAGGACUUUGGACAAGCAGGGCAACAUUAUCUCUGAUGUCGAGUUCCCCUUCAGAGUAAAGUACGGUGCGCCGGCCCUAUCACAUAUGCGGGCUGACUUGAGAGACGAACUAUUACGCUUGGCUACUGCUCCGUCUCAGGAUUUGGGUAUCGGUGGUGAGCCUGCCACGAUUGUAUUCAAUAACGGCGCUCGAGAUAUCGACCCUGAAGCUGGUGAGAUUACUCUAGAAGACGGUUCAAGAGUUAAAGCCGAUGUAAUCAUAGUUGCGGAUGGUAUUCAUUCUCGUCUGCGGCCUCUGAUUGCAGGACCAGGCUGCCCCAAACCCAAGAGAAAUGGGAUGACUUGUUGUCGAGUGGCUGUCUCUGCCAAUCAAGCCAUUGAGGCCCUUGGUAGGCUGCCUGACUGGUGGCAGAACUUGAUUAGCAAGGACAAGCGUCUCCUGAUAUUUGAGGCCCGCGACGACUCUGAUCGCAUUAUGGUCGUAUAUCCCCUUCGUCAUGGUGAUUGCAUGAACAUUGCCUGUGUCUUUACCACCGAGGAAGAGCAGGAUGGCACGACAUACUCAUGGUUUGCGGAAGGAGACACCAAGAAGAUACUGGAGAUCUUUGACGAUUUCGACGUAAGCUUGAAAGCGCUUAUCGGGGUGUCGACACAAGUAAAGGAAUGGGAACUUCAGGACAUGGAACCCCUUGAAAGAUGGACCGCAGGCCGCGCCAUCCUCAUCGGCGAUGCUGCACAUGCAAUGACACCAAUGCAAGGACAGGGCGCCAAUGUCAGCAUUGAAGACGCAGAGGCAUUCAGACUGUUAGCGGAGCCUGGCGUAAGACGCGAUGACGUUCCGACGAUCCUCAGGCAAAUAGAGAAAUAUAGACUGCCUCGCGCUGCGGCCAUUCUUAGGAAUACAAGAAGGACGCAUCGUGAUGUGGGAGGAGAGAAAUUCAAGGUUAUGGACGAGAACUGCACCUAUCAUGGAAUCUUUGAAGCCAUGAAGGAGCAAUGA